CUCCUUCUGCAAAAACCCUUCUCUUCUCUUCAGCCAUGGCUUCCUCGGGGUCCUCAAGCUAUAUGAUCUAUCAUCCUGAAAAUCUAAAGAUAUCUGAUAUUUUCAGUAUCUUAGUGUUUGGUAGAAGCUUGGAGGGCUCGGGGAUUGUAGAAUGUAGUUCUCAGGAGAUCAAGGCAGCUGAGAGUUUGUUGGACAACUUUAUAACCCUUCUCAGUUUGAUCCUCCAGAAGAUAUUUAUAUGGAUUAGUGGACCAAUGGCUUUACUUGGUUUCAUUAUAGAUUUCACCUUGAAUCUCUUUGCACUUAAUGGUGGCAUCUUAGGAUUGCCUAUUCGCAUUAUUACAGGGUCACUAGUGAUUACGAAGCGCGACUCUGCUGAUUACCAGUCAAUAAUUGGAUGUAUUGAUGAUCGGAAAUCUCUACAGAACUCUUACUUAUCCAGCCUUCCAAUGGUUAAGAUUCUGAUCCAUGGCAUACAAUUCAUCAAUCCAUUGGAUCUUUGCAUGAUGGCUUCUAAGGUUUCUUAUGAGAAUGAAGCAUAUGUGAAAUACAUUGUAACUAACUACUGGAAGAUGCAUUUUGUGGGAUUCUAUAACUGCUGGAAUGGGUCUCUAAAAAAAUCAGAUACCCAAGCUUUCGUGUUCUGCGACGCGCCAGAAAAUGCAGAGAUGAUUGUUGUUGCAUUCCGUGGCACGGAACUAUUCAAUUUCCGGGAUUGGGCUACCGAUAUUGACCUUUCAUGGCUCUCCUUGGGAGAAAUUGGAAAGGUCCAUGUAGAUUUUAUGAAAGCACUUGGCCUUAAAAAAGAUGCAAAGGAUGCUGAGACAGGUUGGCCAAAGGAAUACACAGGAGAUAAGGUGUUAGCAUACUAUACCAUAAGGGAGAAACUAAGACAAUUGCUAGAACAAAACCCAAAUGCCAAGUUACUAGUAACUGGGCAUAGCUUAGGUGGUGCACUUGCAAUUGUUUUCCCUGCUAUACUUGUGUACCACCAGGAAAACUCCAUCUUAGAUAGAUUAUUGGGGGUUUACACCUUUGGCCAGCCUAGGGUUGGAGAUAAGGAAUUUGGGGAUUCCAUGGAGAAACAGUUAAAUGGGACUUCUAGGAGGUAUUACAGGGUGGUUUAUAGAUAUGACACUGUUCCUAGGGUUCCCUCCAAUGGUCUGAUCUUACAUUUCUCCCACUUUGGAGGUUGCAUCUAUUACAAAAGCUGGUACAAGUCUCAGAUAUUAAAGGAAGAACCAGACAAGAACUACUUCAAUCCCUUGUUCUUUCCUUCUCUGUACAUAAAUGCAUGGUUGGACUUGUUUAGGGGUCUGUUUGCUGGCAUCAGACAUGGGAAAGGCUUUACUGAGAAUUGGACCUCUAUUGGGCUUAGGCUGUUUGGGCUCUUCAUUCCAGGGUUUGCCUCACACAGUCCAAGGGAUUAUGUGAACACCACAAGGCUUGGGAACAUAGAAAUAAUGGAGGAGGAGGAGGAGGAUAACAUAUAUGAUUUGAAAAGGAGUACUGUUGCAGUUUGA